AUGAUUUACUUUGCAUUCACCGUUAUUAGUAGUAUUUGGACAAUGCUAGAGGUGUGCGUGGAUUCUGUAGACUCUGCUGUGUCUGCAGCGGAUGGAGGUGCAGACCGGCUUGAGUUAUGUGCAGCGCUUUCAGAGGGAGGUUUGACUCCCAGUCUUGGUCUUCUGACAACAGUCAAGAAGCUUGUGCAGAUUCCAGUGUUUGUUUUGAUCAGAUGUCGCCAGGGAGACUUUGUGUACAGCAGCGAUGAUAUGGAUGUCAUGGAGGCAGACAUCCAAAGCAUGAAGAAAGCUGGUGCUGAUGGUUUUGUUUUUGGAUGCUUAGAUGAAUCAGGAGCUGUUGAUCAGGACAAGUGCUACCAGUUGCUCAGGGUGGCUGCACCUUUGUCCUGCACAUUCCAUCGUGCCUUUGACUGCACCCUGCACCCAGAGCAGGCUCUCACCACCAUCAUCAAGCUGGGCUUUGUGCGUCUGCUAACGAGCGGGCAGGCCCCUUCAGCUUUGGAGGGCGCGGCGCUGAUUGGCCGGCUGGUGUCGCUGUCGGCCGGCCGGCUGACCGUGAUGCCGGGCGGCGGUGUGACGCCGCAGACGGCGCCGGCUCUGCUCCGGCUGACGGGCGUCCGAGAGCUGCACGCCUCGGCCCGCAGCGCGCGCAGCUCCGCCCUGGACAUGCCCGCCGGCGUCACCAUGGGCGCCGCCAGCGAUGAGCGCCACUGGCUGCAAUGUGACCCAGCCAAGGUCAAGGCCAUCAAACGAGCCUUUGUAUCCGGAAAAGAAGACUGAGGGAGCACGGCUGUGAUAGGUUGAGGGAAUGCUGCUUCGAAAGUCAUACGGGAUGUUUACACUGACGAUGUAUGAUGCACCUCAUUGGCGUGGCCUUUAUUUUUGGUAA